UCAGUCUGGCAUUAGUCCCUAUGCUAGGUCGGAAAAUCAUCCAAGUUCAAUAGUUGUGACAUCACCUCAUACCAAGAUACGCCAUGCACGCAGCCGUCUUUUUCCGAAGAAGAUGAUAUCCAGGCAUUGGUCAAAACGCCGUGUCUGCCCGUGUCUUCUCGCCAGCCUACUAGAGACAGCGGUCCAGCUGAUUCGGAGGUUCCUCUACGGGCAUUGCGAUUGGUUACCUUGGACACCUUGGACAACCUUUCAGCGCAACCCUGCUAGUGCAGCAACGCAGCGGAGAAUACAAGAAAAUCACAGCGGAUCACGAUAUCAUUGCACGAGCGAUAGACAUAGCUUCUAUAUCCAACAUGAUGGACAUCAGGACAUGAGAUAUUGUAGCUGUAAGGACAGACAUCUCCAAAGAGUUUUCUUGUACCCUGACAGUACCUGUAUCCACAGAUAACCGUACCGAUAUUGAUACUGUUGUAUUUCUGCUCAUUCGCUUCAAAUCUAUUCGUGCACGGCCCA